UUCCUCUAAAACUUCACUCCUCUGCCUUCAUUUUCUGCUCAAAUCAAUUAGUCAAAUCACACCACUGUCUCAAAAAUCACCGUGAAACAAUAAUGGAAGAAGCUCAAAGAUUGAUCAACCCAUGGGUUCUUCACCUCCAAAAACUCGGUCUUGAGCUCAAAUGCCCCAUUUGUCUUCAGUUGUUUAAUCGGCCGGUUUUGCUCCCUUGCAGUCACAUUUUCUGCAGUUCGUGUCAGAUUGGGAUGGAGUGUGCAGUUUGUAAACAUUCGUACAUUGAUCGAGAGGUAAAGCCUGCACCUUUCAUGGAAAACAUUGUGAGCAUCUAUAGAAAUCUUGAAGCUACCUUCACAAUCACUUCACAUGUUAUUCAUCCUGUUUGUUCAGAUAUAGGCAAGGCAUCUGUACAAGAUGUUAAUAACAGUUUAAAAAAGGAGAAUGGUGUGAUAACAAAAGAGGGAAAUUCUAGUAAUGACCAAUCUACAACUUUACAAACUGCUGUGCCCGAUUUAACGUUUGGUUCUCUUGAAACGUUGGAAAAAUGCAUCACACCGGAAAGCGUUAAGAAACAAGAGUUUAAGGCAAGUGGUUCAAGUUCUAAGGUGCAGGUAGCUCAUGAUAAGCACGUGGAGACUCGUGUUGAUGGGGUCGGUUUUAUUCCGAUGGAACAACUUAGCCCUCCAUUAUCUUGCAGUGAUCCAAACAGUAACCAUGAGGAUUCGGUACGGUAUUCACUAAAAAGACCAGCUGAAAAAGAUGCUUCUGGAGCUAAAAGUAACAAUCAUGAAGGCAAAAGACAAAAGGAAACAGAUGACAGAUCAGACGAUAUGAAGACGGAAAGAAAUGUGCAUCUUGAGACCAAUUUGUCGUCUGAAAAUGUCGCUACUGCGAGUUGUAACUCAGAGACCGAGUCUAAAAAACCAGUUUCCGGCGGGCAGACGGAUCAAAUGGAUUUGAAAAGUAACCCUUGUGCAUUUUGCCAGUGUUCUAAGAUUUCAGAAGGAAGUGGAGCGUUGAUGGCAUACGCCCACGGGAAGGAAGUAAAGGGGAACGUGUCUAACUUCGCGAAGGUUACGUAUGUUCAUGAAAAAUGCACCGAAUGGGCUCCUCAGAUUUACUUCCAUAAAGGAACAGUCAAGAAUUUAGAGUCGGAAGUCGCAAGGGCAAGCAAGCUAAAAUGCACCAGCUGUGGUAAAAAGGGAGCCGUUCUCGGGUGCUACGUGAAAUCAUGCCAACGAACUUACCAUGUGCCGUGUGCAUACGACAUCCCUGAUUGCAGAUGGGAUUGUAUUGACUUCUUGUUGCUGUGUCCCAACCAUGUUUCUCACAAAUUUCCGAAAGAAAAAAAGUCGAAAGCCAAGAAACAAGUCACCGAAAAAACAAUUUCUACAAAUGUGAAUCGUUGCACAACGUUGCAAGACGGUGGAAAGAAUUUGGUGUUAUGUGGUUCAGCUCUUUCUGCGGAACAAAAGUUUAUGAUGGUUGACUUUGCAAGAACUAACGGAGCGUUAGUGUUAAAGUACUGGAGAGAUAACGUCACACAUGUGAUUGCCGCCACAGAUGCAAAUGGCGCAUGCACAAGAACAUUGAAAGUUCUCAUGGCUAUUUUGAACGGAAAAUGGGUUGUUACAAUGGAAUGGUUAAAGGCGUGUGUAGAUGCUGGACGUGUUGUGAACGAAGAACCAUACGAAGUACGUUUAGAUACACAUGGUUGUUCCGGAGGGCCCACAGCAGGGAGGCUAAGAGCUCUAAACAAUGCUCCGAAACUUUUCAACAACACGAAGUUUUAUUUUGUUGGCGAUUUCGUUCAAGCUUUCAAGAGCGAUCUCAUAAACUUGGUAAAGACUGCCGGGGGCACAAUCAGUGAGACGAAGGAUCAAUUGUUAUCGAGUGAUCAUGGAGGCGUUGGAUUAGAUCACGCAACUUAUGUUGUUUACAAUGCUGACCUGUCGAUUUGCGCUGUGGUGGAGAAUGAGGAUUCCAUCAAAGCUCAAAGAUUGGCUGCGGCGGAAGGGGUAGCGCAAGAAUGCGGGUCGCGGGUUGUUGGGCAUACAUGGAUUUUGGAAUCAAUUGCUGCAUGUAGCUUGCUGCCUCUUACAUCAAGGGUGUAACAAUGUUUUAUUAGAUUUUUAAGGUGCUUAAAGCUUAUCUUUUAUGCCUGUUUUGGGGUUGUUUUUUGUCUCUUGGUUUAGAACUAUAACAGUUGAGAUGAAUUUUUUUGUUGAUUUUACUUAUGGAUAAAUAAUAGAUGCUGAAAGUUUUGCUUCACAA